UUUUCUUUAAUUGCCAGAAAAAAAGGUUGGCCAUGUGGAAUCAGUCGCCUUUCUUUAAGCACCCUCCAAUGGGACAUGACAUUGGGUUUGCCCAUCACAGAUGAACAAAUCCAGGAGAUGAGAUCCAACCUGGACAACAUCGACUUCAAGAUGGCAGCUGAGGAGGAGAAACGAUUACGACAUGACGUGAUGGCGCACGUGCACACAUUCGGCCACUGCUGUCCAAAGGCUGCAGGCAUCAUUCAUCUUGGUGCCACCUCCUGCUACGUUGGAGACAACACAGAUCUGAUUAUUCUUAGAAAUGCAUUUGACCUGCUUUUGCCAAAGCUUGCUAGAGUGAUCUCUCGGCUUGCCGACUUUGCUAAGGAGCGAGCUGACCUGCCCACCUUGGGUUUCACACAUUUUCAGCCUGCUCAGCUUACUACAGUUGGGAAACGCUGCUGUCUCUGGAUUCAGGAUCUUUGCAUGGAUCUCCAGAACCUGAAGCGCGUUCGAGAUGACCUGCGCUUCCGGGGAGUGAAGGGCACCACUGGCACUCAGGCCAGCUUCCUGCAGCUCUUCGAGGGAGAUGACCAAAAGGUAGAGCAGCUUGACAAGAUGGUGACAGAGAAGGCUGGAUUUAAGAGGGCUUUCAUCAUCACAGGACAGACCUACACACGAAAAGUAGAUAUCGAGGUGCUAUCUGUGCUGGCGAGCUUGGGGGCAUCCGUGCAUAAGAUUUGCACUGACAUUCGCCUCCUGGCAAACCUCAAGGAGAUGGAGGAACCCUUUGAGAAACAGCAGAUUGGCUCAAGCGCAAUGCCAUACAAGCGGAACCCCAUGCGCUCAGAACGUUGCUGCAGCCUUGCCCGGCACCUGAUGGCCCUCAUCAUGGACCCGCUGCAGACAGCAUCUGUGCAGUGGUUUGAGCGCACCCUGGAUGAUAGUGCCAACCGACGUAUCUGUUUGGCCGAGGCAUUUCUCACUGCGGAUACUGUAUUGAAUACACUGCAGAACAUUUCUGAAGGAUUGGUGGUAUACCCCAAAGUAAUUGAACGGCGCAUUCGUCAAGAGCUGCCUUUCAUGGCCACAGAGAAUAUCAUCAUGGCCAUGGUCAAAGCUGGGGGUAGCCGCCAGGAUUGCCAUGAGAAAAUCAGAGUGCUUUCCCAGCAAGCAGCUGCUGUGGUUAAACAGGAAGGGGGGGACAACGACCUCAUAGAGCGGAUCCAGGCCGAUGCUUACUUUAGUCCCAUUCACUCCCAGUUGGACCAUUUACUGGAUCCUUCUUCUUUCACUGGCCGUGCACCCCAGCAGGUACAGAGAUUCUUAGAAGAGGAGGUAUACCCCUUGUUAAAACCAUAUGAAAGUGUGAUGAAGGUGAAAGCAGAAUUAUGCCUAUAGAGUUGGAAGAGAAUUAAAUGAAAAUCAUGGUU